UACGUAUUAUUUAGCAAUACUUGCUAUUACAUAUGAUUGCUAUUUGUGAGCUAUAAAAUUAGCAUGCUCGCCUCCUUUCUUUUACCACAGAAUCAAACAUGAGUGACAUUGGAAGAAAGAACCUUAGCGACAAGAUCACCGAGAGCGUGAAGCCAGACUCUGAGAAGAGUGCUUACGAGAAAACCAAGGAGCAAGUCACAGAUCAGGCAGACAAACUUGCCUCGAAGGUGACGCCAGACAACCAAAAGUCUUUCACACAGACAUUGGGCGACAAGGCUCAGUCGGGCUCUGACAAAGCCAAGUCCGAAGCCAACCAGAACCAAAGCAGCCUGGCCGACACUGCCAACCAAUAUUUGGAUGCCGGUAAGGAGAAGCUGAACGAGGCCGUCGAGUACGUCUCCGGUGCUCUUUCUGGUGCCAAGGAGGGUGCUGACUCCACCAAGAAAUAAGCUCUUUGGGAAAAUUUGUACUGCUAUUAAAUAAAUAAGAGAUUUAGUUGUUUAGAGCAUCCCAUCG